AUGAAUGAACAAAGUCGGGUCGAAUCCACGACCGAUGUGCUCAUCAUCGGAGCGGGUCCGUCCGGCCUCAUGGCCGCAUACUGGAUGGCCCGCUGUGGAAUCAAUGCACGCAUCAUUGAUAAACGCGAAACUAAGAUCUUCGUAGGCCAUGCAGAUGGCCUUCGUCCACGCACGUUGGAGCUAUUCGAUAGCAUGGGGUUCCAGCACCGUGUUCUACAUGAAGCCUCUGAAUCCACAGAAGUAAAUCUAUGGGGCCCUGGCCACGAGGGAAAGCUGGUCCGACAGGCUCUGUUGGAUAUGACUCAGGCGGACCAUUCGCCCUACCACAAUACCCGACUAAGCCAGGGCCGCAUUGAGCGAUUUAUACUCGAUAGUAUUCACGAGUGUUCUGACUUGAGAGUCGAGCGGGGUAUCAUCACUGAAUCAUUGGAGUAUGAUGAGAAAUUGGCGGUAGAUGCUAAUGAAUAUCCCAUUACCGUCAAACUACGCACUGUCGGCCCAGAAGAUCUGCACACACCAGAUUCCAACAAGCAAAGCUCUCAAAAUCAACUGACAUGCGAGGACCUGUUUCCUGACGACUGGGAAGAUCUCACCCAGCGUGAAAACCAGAAGGAAAAGGUCGAGACAAUCACGGCCAAGUACCUUAUCGGUUGCGACGGUGCCCAUAGCUGGACGAGAAGACAACUUGAUAUCUCCACCGAGGGUUCCAGUACCGACCAUAUCUGGGGCGUGAUAGAUGUCAUAGCCAUCAGCAACUUCCCGGACAUCAGACGAGUGAGCGUAGUGACUGGCAUGACAGGGACAAUACUCGUGAUCCCUCGCGAGCGCGGAAUAACCCGCUUUUAUGUCCCCGUACAGAUCUGCGAAGCAGGAACCAGUGAUCGCUUCGACAGGUCCUUCAUCACACCCAAGCUCAUCAAAUCGCGAGUGCAGGAGAUCAUUGCACCAUUUACCUUUGAUUUCGAGAUCUGCGACUGGUGGACAGUUUACCAGAUCGGACAACGGAUAGCAACGGAAAUCACAAAAGGAAAUAGGAUAUUCCUUGCUGGUGAUGCAGUGCACACGCACUCACCCAAGAUGGGACUGGGCAUGAACAUGAGUCUGCAGGACGGUUUCAAUCUUGGCUGGAAAGUCGCACUGGCGGCGGCGGGAACAGUCAAACCUGAGACCCUGGAGACUUAUGAUUUGGAGAGACAUCCGCUAGCAAAGAUGCUGCUUGAGUUUGAUCGUCAUUGGGUGAAUUUAUUCCUUGAUAUCGAACCGGGUGAGAUGGACACAAAGGCUGAGUCCAUGGCGGCCAUGUCGGCGAAGUUUGAAAACUUCGCUCAUGGAUGGAACGUCUAUUAUCCUGCCAGUAACAUUGUUUCGAAGUCGGAAGAUGAUGGUGCGACCAAGAAUGCCCAGCACAUGGUCCCCGGGGAGAGAAUCCAUCCCUUCAAGCUCCGAAACCAGGCUGAUGGAUGUCCACAGUGGACAACAAGACUGUUGAAGAGCGACGGUAGGUUCCGCAUUCUCGUAUUGGCCGGGGAUGUGCGGGAUCCAACGCAAAUACAACGCAUUGAAACCUUCAGUGAAGCCCUGGGUAGUGAGUCUGCAUCAGGUGCUCCCAUCCUGGACCGCUAUGUUGGCAUUCCCGGGAGAUAUGAAAGCCCGAUUGAUGUAUUCACCUUUCAUUGCGCUCCGUGGAGAGAGGUUGAAUUCUUUGACUUCCCAGAGUUCUUGCGUCCGUUGAACAUGUCAACCGGCUAUGCGUACGACAAGAUAUGGUGUGACGAUGCGUGCAUAUUCGAUAGAUAUUGUGAUGGAACCGCUUAUGAGAAGUGGGGAGUCGACCGGGCUCUCGGCAAACUUGUGGUAAUUCGCCCAGAUCAGUAUAUUGGAUGGAUAGGUAACAUGGGAGAUUUGGAAGGAAUGACCCAGUACUUUGAUGGCGUUCUUGUAAGGAAGUUGACUGUGAACGGAGACCCGAGCGUCAUUUGA